GGGCUUGGAAGAAGAUGUUGUAGCAUGUAAGGAAUAGUUGAUUUGCGAGACUAGUAAGGGGUUUUGUGGAAACUAACCGCUCCACCUUUUGAAAUUCUUCUUCUUCCUGGUUUUUUCCGUGUGGUUGCUUUGCUUAGCACUGGCACAGCGCAGCACAUGAGGAGAAGAAGAGGGAGGAGUAAUUAUUUAUUAAUUAACAAAGAGAAGACUUCUUCCUUCCUCGUCGUCUCCAGCCCAUUCCAAUUCUUGAUUCCAUCGCCCCACCAUCCACAACUCCCCUAAUCCUUCCAACCUCCUCGUCGUCCAGUCCACCACCUCCACGCGCAAUGGCCAGCGGCUAGGCGGCACCAACCAGAUCACAAGGAUUCGUUUCAUCCGGCAGCGCAGCUCUAGAGCCUCCAUGGGCAGCUACGCGUACAAGUACUGUAUGUGCUUCACGCGCAAGUUCCGAUCCCCGGACGCCCAGCCGCCGCCGGACGUCCGCGCCGCCCACCUCUCCUUCGCCUCUGACGCCCAUGCCCUCCGCCGCUUCGUCGCCGGCGUCCAGGGCGAGUCCCCCGCCGACGUCGACCGCAUCCUCGCCAUGCUCUCCGGGGGCCACAGCCAUGGAAUCGCCCGCCUCGUCACAAGGUCGCCGGCGGCAUCCACGCCCACGCUCGAAGACUUCUUCGCCUUCCUCUUCUCCCCCGACCUCAACCCACCCAUCGCGCACCAGGUUCACCAGGACAUGUCAGCGCCGUUCUCUCACUAUUUCGUGUUCACCGGGCAUAAUUCCUACCUCACUGGGAACCAGCUCAAUAGUGACUCCAGUGACGUCCCAAUUGUAAAGGCGUUGCAGAGAGGUGUUAGAGUCAUUGAACUCGAUAUGUGGCCCAAUCCUUCAAAGGACAAUGUCGAUAUUCUUCAUGGAGGGACAUUGACUGCCCCAGUGGAAAUGAUCAAAUGUUUGAAGUCCAUCAAAGAAUACGCCUUCUGUGCCUCAAAUUAUCCUCUUGUUAUUACUCUUGAGGAUCACCUCACAUCAGAUCUCCAAGCUAAAGUUGCUACGAUGCUCACUGAAACAUUUGGAGAUCUUCUUUUCGUCCCUAAUCCAGACCCGAUGAAAGAGUUUCCUUCUCCAGCAUCUCUAAUGAAGAGAAUAAUCAUAUCAACCAAACCUCCACAAGAAUAUAAGGAGUUUCUCAAAGCCGAGAAUAAUCGCAGUGGCAGCGGAAACAUAGCUGAGUUGCCAGACCAAGGAAGCCUGAGAAGAAUAGAUUCAAAUGCCGAUGAAUCUGAUGGGAAGGAUGAACUGGAUGAGCAAGACGAGGAAGACUCCGACGAGGACGAUCCCAAAUUUCAGCAGGAUACAGCCUGUGAGUAUAGGAAACUCAUCACCAUCCAAGCUGGCAAACCAAAAGGCCAUUUGCGGGAUGCGCUAAAAGUGGAUCCAGACAAAGUCAGGCGGCUUUCUUUGAGCGAGACACAGUUAGCUAAAGCGACAAUCUCUCAUGGUGCUGAAGUCAUAAGGUUCACACAGAAGAAUAUACUCCGUGUGUAUCCAAAGGGCACGAGGGUUAAUUCUUCAAACUACGAUCCAAUGAACGCCUGGACCCAUGGUGCGCAGAUGGUUGCGUUCAACAUGCAGGGCCAUGAUAAAGCGCUCCGGUUGAUGCAAGGGUUUUUCAGAGCCAAUGGGGGCUGUGGUUAUGUUAAAAAGCCUGACUUCUUGCUAAGAACAGGUCCAAAUGGGGAAGUAUUUGACCCCAAGGCUAGUUUGCCAGUGAAGAAAACCCUCAAGGUGAAAGUUUAUAUGGGAGACGGGUGGCGCAUGGACUUCAGUAAAACUCAUUUCGAUGCCUUUUCGCCUCCAGAUUUCUAUACUAGGGUAGGGAUCGCAGGUGUGAAGGCAGACAGUGUGAUGAAGAAGACAAGGGUGAUUGAGGACCAGUGGGUGCCGAUGUGGGAUGAGGAGUUCACGUUCCUUCUGACGGUUCCGGAGCUGGCCCUCCUGAGGGUAGAGGUCCAGGAGUACGACAUGUCGGAGAAGCACGACUUCGGGGGGCAGACAGUCUUGCCGGUAUGGGAGCUGAAGCAGGGCAUCCGUGCUGUGCCCCUGCACGAUCGCAAGGGUGUCAGGUACAAGUCCGUCAGGCUCCUCAUGCGAUUUGAUUUUGUGUAGCCGAGCCGAGCCGCCAUUCAGAUUCAGCUUCUGUUUUUUUCCUUCUUGUGUGAAUUGAAUGUAUUACUCCCUUCCUUCCAUCUUCAACGUAUAUGUGUAUGUAUGUACUUAUUUUUGUCGGAAUAAAAGUUGUAUGGAAUGGAAUGGAAGGAAGGAGUAGAACUGUCUUCAAACUCCAGCUUCUAGAUCUGUACGGGUGAUUCAGUUUUACUUGCUGGCACAUUGUUUGUUUGUUUACUUUACUGGAGAUAGAUUUGUACAUUA